AUGCCACCACGACUCAACCUCUUUCCCACCUCCCUGCUCCGCCAAUCCCCAGCGCCCCAACAAUGCACCGCAGCGAGAUUUACAUCGUCGUUAUCUAGUGGUCGCGACAAUGCCAUCCGCUCUUUUUCAACUAGGAGGGAUCUUCUACCCCGUCGCCCAGGCGCUGCGGUGCUGGCGUAUCGGCCUCGCGUUUCGCCUCCCCAGCGCCGGAUGGAGUCUUCAUCUUCGAAGGCCGGUGAUGAGGUGAAUGGGGGAAAGGCGGAGAGGAUCGUUGGUGAGGAGGGAGCGGAAUCGAAAGCGGCGAAGGAAGGGUUAGGCAGUGUGAGUGAGGAGGCAGCGGACGUGGCGAGGAUUAUGGAGCGGAGGACGGAGUGUGGGGAGGUUGGGGGCCCGGAGUUGUUGCAGGGCAGUAUGGUUGGGGAUAUUUUGAAGCGGGAUAAAGAUGCGAUGAAAAAUGCACCCAAAGUCCUACAGGAUCAGCUGAGCUCCUCUUCAUCAUCCUCUGGCUCCUCUGGCUCCAGAUCCUUUUCUACUUCCGCUAGAUCGAGACAGUUCGAUAUGAAACAGAUGUCGGCUGGUGGGAACGACGCGUCGAUUGCGGCUGUCGAGAAUAUGAUUGCCGCUGCCACGGAGCAGAAGCAAGAGCAGGCGUUGCAGGCGGGACUCAAAUAUGAAGUGCCCGAAACACUACCUAGAUCCGAACAUUUGAGGCACCGCUAUGACCCUCUGCUGGACCAGUUUACAAAAAUGCUCAUGAGGCACGGAAAAUUGAGUGCUGCGCAGAAGCAAAUGGAAACAAUCCUACACAACCUCCGCUCCGCCCCAGCGCCCAACCCAGACCCAUCACGCCCAUUGCUUCCCGGGCCGCCUGCCCCGCAACUGCCCCUAAAUCCUAUCCUCUACCUAACCCUAGUCGUUGACUCUGUCGCACCAAUACUCCGCAUCAAGCAACAACCCGGCGCAGCCGGUGGUGGCCGAUCUCUCCCCAUCCCGCUUCCGCUGGCACUCCGGCAACGCCGGCGAACAGCCAUUAAGUGGAUUAUCGAUGCGUCUCAGAAACGGAAGGAUGCCGCGUUGGCGAACCGAGUGUCGCAGGAGAUUAUUGCUGUGGCGGAGGGGAAGAGUUCGGCAUGGGAGAAGAGGGCGAUGGUGCAUAAGCAGGGGUUACUUUUGUGGGGAGGGUUAUUAUUAUGUAUCAAUUCUCAACAUAAUAACAUUGGUACUGCCCCGUCGGGAUUCCCCGUGCGCAAUGACGAUGAAUCUCUUUCUCUCCAAACCCAAUGCCAGUCUUUACCGUCCUUUACUGCUGCUUCUUCUGUUUAUACCGCUGCUCCUGCAGCUUCAAAUUUGUCUUCUUCUUCCUCAUUUUUUCUCGGAUCUAUUCAUUCUUCGGCUUCUCUCCGGCAGCCAUCUUCACUCGCUUCCCCCCAGUACAAACAAAAUAAUGAUAUUUCAAACCAAUUGAGGGAGGAUGAUACCCCCUUCGUCAAUUGCUAUCUGCCCUCUGAUUCUCUCGCAUUUCCCCUACAUUCCGAUGCGCUUGCUUCUCAUGCACACGAUAUUAACGCUGCUACGACUGCCCCGACGCCACCCUGGUUGGACUUGCUUGAGCUUGACCAUAAUCUCAACCAGGAUGACCAGUCGCUUAGCUCCCCGGUAUUAUUGCCAGCCGAGACUGGGUUGCAAACCGAGGCGGCGUCAACAUUGUUAAAUCCACGCUCCAGUGCGUCUGUUUCUGCUGCUAUUGCUGAAUACAACUUCCAAUACCCAUAUUCCAAAGGGGUUGAGCUAGAUUUUGAUGAAUCGCUUUUACUGACUGCGCAAGAUUCGUUCGCGACAUCAACGCCACCAGAUACGCAAUAUUCUCUACCAGAUUUCAACCAUCGGCCAAGCAACGUUGGACAGUAUUUUAUGUCUCCUCCUCAAAGCAUUCACAAUCAAAACAUCAUGCAUCUACAACGCGGUGCAGCCAUCCCACCACCAUCCCAAUCACCGGUUCUAACUCACCAUAUCCAGCCAAAGCCAUCUUCAUCUCAACGACCGACUCCAUUCACAAGCACUUCCCCAGCCCCUUCUUUCACCAACACUCAACAUUCUACCCCUUCAUCAACGCAAACUCCACGGUCUCCUUCUGCAGUGACUAAAGCAGGGCCAACGGACCGUGCCGCUGACAAGCGACGACGCAACACGCUUGCAGCCCGCCGCUUCCGCCAGAAGCAGCACGAUCGCGUUGCGGAGCUAGAGCGGGCACUGGAAAGCGUGUGCAGGGAGAGGGAUGAAUUGAAGAUGCAGGCUGCCAGGUGGGAAGGAGAGGUUGUCGCGUUGAGAGGAAUGUUGCGUAAAAAGAGUUCAUGA